AUGCCAAUUGAUUUAGUGACUUACGAUCAAAAUACCAGUAUUGAAGUCCAAUUUGCUCAGGCAUUGGAACGAUUUCAAUUGAAUAAAUCAAACACUUCCUUAACUUCACCACCACCGCCAUUUAAUUUUUUACAGAAAUUUAAGAGUAUAGCAGCUACACAGGCAUUACAAUUAGGAGAGGAAUUACAAUCCAAAAACGAUACUGAUAAUGUUCUUAGAGAACAAUUUGAAAAUUGGAAUUUAGAAACAAAAUUAUGGAUUCUUGUGGAAGAAUUGUAUUCAUUUCGAUUAUCAAAUCCAGAAGAAAAUAUUGAAAUUCAUGAAUAUUCAUCAUUAUCAUUAAAACAAGAAAAUUAUUUAUCAACACAUCCUAAAUUAAAAGAAUUAUUGAUUAUUAUUAAUUGGAUUCAACAAACAACCAACAAUUCAAAUUUGAAUGUGAGUGGUGAUUAUGAUACUAAUAUUGAACAGACAAAAUGGCAAAAUACAAAAAUUGCCAUUGAAACAAAAGAAGUUAAUUCACUUUUAAAUAAUAAAGGUGUUGAUAACAUUGUUGAUAAAUUAGAUAUUGAUGCUCCCUUGAGAACAAAUCUGAUUAUUGAUCCUAAGGAUCAACUUAUUGAUCUGGAAAAUUACGCCAUCAUUUAUAAACUUCUUUUAAAUGGAAAAAUUCAAGAAGCAAUUGAUUAUGCCAAUAAUACAGGGAAUUUUGCUCUUGCAUUGAUAUUAGUUGGUGGAGCUCAAGAUUAUAUAGACCCAGUAUUGGAUGGAAUUAAAGAUUCAAACAUUCUGGUUGCUAGUGGGAUUAAACAUAAAUUAUUAUGGAAAGAAACUGUUUAUAAAUUAUCUCAACAAAAGGGGUUGAAUGAUUAUGAGAGAUUGAUUUAUAAUUAUUUAAGUGGAGGUGAUAUUUCAGAAAAUUUAAAGGCAUCAAGAAAUUCAUGGGAAGAAUCAUUACUUUUAUACGCCUAUCAAUUAUUAUCAUAUAAAUUACAAUCAUUCAUCUUAGAGAAUAGCAAUGAAGAAUCAUUAUCGUUGGCAAUUUCCAUUCCUAAACCACAGUCUGAUUCAAUUGAAGAAAUAUUAAAUAUCUUAUCAAAUGCCAAUUCAGAAGUAUCAUUGGAAAGUCGUAACCCAUUGAGAAUAAUUAGUGGGGCAAUUAUGAUAGAUAAAGUUGAAUCUUUAAUUGACAACAUUAAUCAAGAUUUAGUCAACAACAACAACAAUAACAAUGAAAAUAUUCUUAGAAUAUUAGUACAUUUAUCUAUUUUCAUUGCCAUCAUAAAACCUUGGGGUAAUGAUCAACUGGAGAACUUGACUACUAUUAUUACACUUUAUAUUUCAAUGUUAUCUGAAACCAAUAAAUCAGAAUUAAUUCCAGUUUAUUUAUCAUUUAUUCCUGAUGAAAAAGAUGCUCGAGAAACUUAUUCGAUAAUUCUUUCAUCAAUAACAGACAAGGAACAACAAACAAAACAAUUACAAGCUGCUAAAAAAUUAACCCAACCAUUCAUUAGUGUAAAUAAUAAUGAAGGCGAUGAUGUCGACAUCGACGUUGAUACUGAUAUGGUGAUAGUGGAAGAUGAUGAUAAUAAAUUGAUUAAUGUAUUGAGAAGAACCGUGGAAAGAGUAAUGAUAGAAACGGCACCAAAUUAUGAACGUCAACAAAAUGAUCCCGUGAUAGUGAAAGAUGAUGAACUUUCAGUGGAUGAAAUUGAUUUUAAAUUAUAUCGUUCUGUUGAAUGGUUUUAUGAAAAUCAAAUGUAUGAAGAUGCAAUUAAAGCUACAAUUGUAGUAAUACGUCGAUUUUUAAUUAAUGGGAAAUUGGCUAGUUUGAAAAAAUUUGCUAAGGAAAACAAUUUCAAACAAUUGAUAUCCAAUUAUGAUAUUGAAACCGUUGGAGAAGACGAUCAACAACAACAGCAACAACAACAAGAUGAGAAAAAAGAAGAACGAGUUACUGAUGAUACAAAACAAGAAUUGAUAGAAUAUACUAAUUUCAUUGAAGGAUUAGAAUUGAUUGAUGAUUGGAAAUUAUUUAUUAAUCAAGGACAUCCAUUUAAAGGAACUUCAGUAGAUAGUUCAUUAGAGAAAACUGAAAAAGUGUUGAAAAAUAUUUUACAGAAUUGGUUACUUGAAUUGAAUACUAACCGUGAUGAUGAUCUUAAUCCACCAAUAGUUCAACAAUUUAGAAUAUUAUACAUUCCUUAUUUGAUAAUUGAAUUACUUACGAUAUAUGAAAACGCCAGAGCACAAAAUUGGAAAUAUAUUAAACAAGCAUAUCAAUUGAUUAAUGAAGUUGCUGAUGAUCAACUGAAUGAUUAUUUAAAUUGUUUUAUAAAGAGUGGUCGUAUUAAAGAAUUUAUGGCUAAAUGUGGAGAAUUAUCUAUAAUUGCUUGUGAACAUGGUAUUACCGGUAUAUUUGGUGGUACUACUAAAGGUAAAGAAAGUAUAUAA